AUGCUGGUCCGCCUCAGCUGCCAAGCGAGAGUCAAAGCACCUUGCUUGGUUGCCUCGCCACCCCGGCAGAGCAGUUGGACGCCCCACAGCCGCUGCGGCGUGGCCUUGGCCGCCGGCUUUGCCGGCGCUGUCGGCGCCCGAAUCUCGAAGCCGAGGCCGAGGCCGCCGAGGCAGCCGAGGCAGCCGGGGCAGCCGAGGCGCCUGCGGCCCCGGCGCGUGGCCGCUAUGGCCGCCGCAGACUCGGACUCGGUGUCUUUGCGGUCCCUGGUCUCCCAGUGUGUCGAGCUGGCCCAGCGCGCUGGCGUGCUGAUCCGGGGCAUCUCGGACAAGGCCUCCACUGAGGAGGGCCGGGAAGCCCUGCGCCUGCACGACAAAGGCUCCGGCACCGGGAACUUCGACCCGCAGACGGUGGCCGACCGCCAGGCGCAGCGCUGCAUCGUCGAGAACCUGCGUGCGCUCUACGGCACUUCCCUGCGCGUAGUGGGCGAGGAGGGCGACCUGGGCUUGGAAGAUGCAGAUGGCGACCCGAUUGAGCUCCGCGAGCCCUCGCCCAGCUUGCUGGCAGAUGUGUGGGCCGAUGCGGAGGACGUGGUCCUCCCGCUGUCGGAGCUCUGUAUCUGGGUGGACCCCCUGGAUGGCACCAAGGAGUUCACGCAGGGCCGGUACGAGUUCGUGUCCACUCUGAUCGGGAUCAGCCAGCUCGGCCAGCCCGUGGCCGGCGUCAUCGCCGAGCCCUACAACGCCGAUCCCCAGGGGGCGCUGGGGAGAGUGCUCUGGGGCUGCUGCGUGGACCCGGGCAUUGCGGUGCACCUCUUCGGCGAUCCGUCUUGGAAGCGGCCCCCACGACCUCCAGGACGCUGCCUCACCCUGGUGUCCCUGAGCCGCACCGCGGGGGAGGUAUCGGACGCCUUGGAGCGACUGACCGAGCCCGGCACUUCUGAGCCCUGGCCACCCCAAGCGGACACUGGCCCGCUGGUGACCGGGACCAUGCAAGUCGGUGGCGCAGGGCACAAGGUGGCCCGCGUCGUAGACGGUGCCGCGGACCUGUGGCUCUUCCCGCGGCCGGGCACCUCCCGCUGGGACACCUGUGCGGCUGAGGCGAUGUUGGAGGCCUGUGGCGGAGCGUUGCGAGACCGCAGUGGAGCCCGGAUCUGCUAUGACCCGGACACGAGCAUGGGAAACUCCGAGGGCGUCCUCGCCGGGGCCGACCCAGACAUCGUGGCCUCCGCAGCGCGCGUCUGUGCCACGCUGGAUGUGGCGAAGGACGGCGCCGGCGGGCCGCUGCUCCGGCCCUGGCUGGAGCAGGCGCUGAAGCUCCCGCAGAACACCGUGCGGGCCUUCUGCGUGGACGAGGACUGCGUGCGCGGCCCGCACGCCUCCGUGCUGCGGCUGAAGCUCUGCUACUCCACCGAGGGGAUGGGGCCUGAGGCUUUGAUCCUGAAGCGCGCCACGCCCCGGGACGCCAAGCACGCGGCCCUCUACGCUCGGGAGUGCAUCUUCUUCGAGACUUGUGGCCCACUACUCCGCGAGCAGGGUGUGCACAUCCCACAGGUUUUCUACCAAGAGGCCAGUGGGGAAGGCUCCGAGGCCGGCUCGCUGAUGCUGAUGGAGGACCUCAUCGACAAGUCCUUCCACAAGGAGCCGGUCUUUGAGACCGAGGAGUUGGCCUGCGCACUGGCGGGCCUCGCCCAGCUGCACGGUUGCAGCUUCGAGAACCAGGAAUUGCUGAAAGCUGUGGCAGCCAUACCUCCGGAGCCGCAGGUGAGUGGGCCCAGUACACCCAGUGGGCCCAGUACACCCAGCACCAAGGCCGGGGAGCUCUGGAACAAGUUCCUGGCCUCCGUCCCCGGCGUGCGCGAGUCGGACUCCUUGGCGGUGGUUCAGGACUUCGGCACCCGCCUCGCUGCCUUGGGAACUCAGGCACUGCCCAAAGAGACCGGCUGCGUGGUGCAUGGGGACUUCCGAUCCGAGAACAUCUUCCUGGACAGCGCGCAGGAUGCCAUCUUCAUCGACUUCAAGCACGCCGCCGUGGGACGGCCCGCCUCAGACGUGGCCUGCCUCGUGCUCAGCUCGGCAAUCCUGGAGGACCUCACCCAAGCAAAGCUCCUGGAGCUUCUAGAUGCCUACUGGGAGACCUUCUCAGAAACCCUGGCGCGCAGCAAGCGGGCGCCGGGCCCCACAGUGGAGCAGUUCCGGCGCGAGUUUAAGCUGAGUUGCAUCAACUACGCCCUUCUGACGCCCCCACGCAGUGUGCACAUGGACGAGGUCCCGCGCCAUCUCCUCAUGGCUCAGUAUCUCGAGUCCCUUCUUCACGAGAUCCACGACACAGGCGAUGUGAGCGGAAGCAGCGAUGCCAUGCCCGGUUUUCAUGCAGUUGUCGACUAA